ACGUCACACCCGCAUCGCUUUCGUCAUCAUGACGCGCCGCUUGUCAUCUGACUAGGAAAGAUGCUCGAUCCGAAAUCCUUUAGGAAACCUGAUUUGUUUGAAUGAGAUAUAAAGACUUUUGCACGGUUUAUACAGUAGCGGGCGGAAAGACACACACUGAGCGGAUUAACACACUAAAACAAAUAAAUAAUGAAAUAUACCGGGCUAAUGCUAAUGCUAGGCAGCGUCUGUAUGUAAACAAACGUGUCAUUAAUCCAAGAAAAUAAUUCAUUAAAGACCUUAUAGACGAAAGAAGGUGGACAGGAUGGGAGCGGAACAGAGCGGCGAUUCUGAGCAUAAACAUUCAGACUACAGCGCUUCAGUGGUUCCCUCUCCGGCGAAGCACCGGGCGAAGAUGGACGACAUCGUGGUGGUCGCUCAGGGAACGCAGUCCUUACGCAACAUCCACAACGACCCCGAUGUCAUCAAGCUUCAGGAGAUUCCCACAUUCCAGCCUCUGCUGAAGGGUGUCCUGAGUGGACAGACGUCCCCCAGCACGGUGUCGGUGGAGAAGUUGGACUGUGUGCAGGUGCUGCAGUUGUGUAUGCGCUACCAGAAUCACCUUCACCAGUGUGCCGAGGCCGUGGCCUUCGAUCAGAACGCUCUGGUCAAGAGGAUCAAAGAGAUGGACCUGUCUGUGGAGGCGCUCUUCAGCAUCAUGCAGGACAGGCAGAAGCGCUACGCCAAAUACGCCGAGCAGAUCCAGAAGGUGAACGAGAUGUCCAUGAUCCUGCGGAGGAUCCAGAUGGGCAUCGACCAGACCGAGCCUCUGAUGGAGCGCCUCAACAACCUGCUGCCUGAGAGCGAGCGCCUCGAGCCUUUCAGCAUGACGCCUGACGCAGAUCUGAAAUAAACCUCACAGGGAGAGAGACUGUGGAGAGACUGUGGAGAGACUGUGGAGAGACUGAAAGAGCAGGAAUGACAGAACGUAUGAAAAUAUGGAACAGAUCACCUCCCUAUGUAGCAUUUGUUUCGCAGCUUCGCAGGAGUCUUGAAAAAAGUGAUGUUUUGCGCCCGCAGGCUUUCCACGUUUCCACGUCGACGUUCCGUGAACUCAUGCCUGCUUCUCUGCAGUCUGCUUUUCGGAUUCCACUAAACCAAUGAUUAUUGAUUUGUUUGGUGAUGUGAUGAUCUGAUGAGCGACACUGAAAUCAAUUGUGAUGUUCUGUAAAAAUUAAAGAAGAAUUUCUUAUGUGUCAAA